GACGUCACUUCCGAGUUGUCCCUUAACGAACCGCCGCUGAGUAGCGCCCAUGAAAAGCCAAACAACCGGCUAGGAGAAAGCGCCGACGGUUCUCGAUUGAUAAGCUGCGAGCCAAGGCGGCGGCAUGGCCGACAAGAUGAACAUGUCUCUGGACGACAUUAUAAAGCUGAACAAGAGAAGUGGCACCGACCGCGGGAGUCGCGGAGGCCGGGGACAGAGGGCGCCCGGGCGCGGUGGGAACGCUGCCUCGUCCGGAGGCUCCUGGCCUUCGCGCAGCAGACCGGGCUCGGGCCGGGAGAGAAACGGCAGACCGGCGCCUUACAUCCGGCCUAGGGCGUUACCAGACAAAUGGCAGCAUGACCUGUACGACGGCGGCUUCGGUGAACGUGUUGUUGGCCACUUGGGAGAAGUAAAAGGUGUAGAAAGCGGUGGUAAACUGCUUGUUUCGAACCUUGACUUUGGCGUCUCCGAUGCAGAUAUCAAGGAGCUGUUUGCUGAGUUUGGGUCUUUGAAAAAAGCAGCUAUCCACUAUGACCGGUCUGGUCGCAGCCAGGGAACUGCUGAUGUCCAAUUUGAGAAGAAAGCGGAUGCACUCAAAGCCUUGAAGCAAUACAAUGGUGUCCCACUUGAUGGCCGUCCUAUGAAGAUCCAGCAAGUGAAUGAAGAGGUCGACACACAGAGGAGACGAACGACACCGGGGGGGUUUGACAGGAGCAGGAUUGGGCGACCCAAGUUUAGCGAAAGAGGAAUGAGAAGAGGUGGCAACGGUGCAGGUUCAAGGGGCAGGGGAAGAGGUGGGAGCAGACCCCAGUUGUCUGCUGAAGAGUUGGAUGCCCAGUUGGAUGCGUACAAUGCUGAGAUGGACACCAGUUAAAAGCUCCUGUGGAUGAUGUUGAUCUGGUUUCAGUCUUCAGUUCUUUUUUUAACCGGGUUGGAUAUGAAACAAUUUUGUAGAUUUGUCAAACCAAUUUCUCUAUAGUUCACUUUAGGUUUGAAGCCAUUUUAUCGGAAGUGAAAUGAUCCUUCAAUACUUUUUGUACCUUGUGCUUUUUGUAAUACAGUUGUAAGUUUUAAUUUUUUUUCUUUAAAUUAAGAUCUGUUCCUGUUCUCUUGACAAUGUUACGUGUUUUAAUACCAUCACACUGUAAUGACUUUGUCCGUUUUGUAUCAGGGAAUGGGUGACCAUUUUCAUUUUGUCACUUUUCAAUUGUGAAUUGUGCAUAAUUAAGCCAAACUCUUUAUAUUGACUCAAGGAGAUGUUUCCAUGCAUCAUUCCCAAAGGACUUUGUACAAAACUUGGAACAACUUUAUUAAAUUUUUAUUGUGUAACCUCC